AUGUCGCAAGACGAUGUGGCUAGGCACGGGGGUGCCGAUGGCGACACAAAGCUUGCAUGUCGCAAGGUGAUGUGGCUAGCUUGGGUAGCUUGGGUGUUUGGUGAGGCUUGUGGCCCUUUUACACGGCCCUUGCCGUUCGGCAAGGAGACUACGUAUGAAGCUUUCAGCAUGCUGUGUUGCGCUGGCCAUUACCUUCUUCCACAUCGCAAGGUUUGUGCAUGGUCAAGCCUUGCGCUCUUCUCCGCUUUGCAUAGGCCAAGUCUCACGGUGGUCCGAGGAUCUUCGAGUAUUGGGCACCGAGUCUGCAGCAUUACCCUUGCCGAACGGCAAGGGUGGCUUGGGAGCCUUUUUGGAGGCAUUCUUUGCUCCUUUGAUCUAGGUCCUUGGUCUAUCAGCAAGAGUGAAGGUCGCGAAGCCCAACGCCAACUGCAUGUUGGAUUCGUCGUCUCACUGUUUCAGUGCCUAACAGCUAAAACAAGCGAGUCUUUUCGUGAGAAGAUUUUUCAUGGUUCCUACCGUUCAGCAAGGCUGAAGGUUGUGGGGGCAUUCGGCAUCGGCAAGUCUCGGCUUUGGCAGCAGAAAGUCUCGGCUCGUGUUGUCAUGGCUCUAGCAAGGGGUCUUCUCCGGUUCAGCAAGGUCAAAAAAUGGAGGUUUCAACCAAGUGUGGCAAGCGCUGUGUAG